AUGAUGCACUGUUUGAAGAGGGCAGUUGUGGAGUGCCCCCGGAGACCCACCGCCUUUCCCAUCCAUUCGAGAAGCCUUUUCUUAAGUCAAGGCUUGCUCGCCCCAAAGGUCAAGCCAGGGAAAAAGGGACAAGAUAAAAAAGAUAGUCGGGCUGCAGAGACCACGGACAGUAAAGAGGAACAGAAGGCACACAUCUUUAACAUUUACAAUACAGUCGAGAAGGACCAUGAAAUUUUGCCUGACCAUGCAUACCCGAAAUGGUUGUGGGAGUUAGAAAAACCGAUGAAGAGCUAUGGCGAGUUGGCCCUUAUGUUCCUCUACGGAAAGGUGAAACGAGAACAGAAGAGAGAGAAAAAAAAAAAAAUGAUCUCAAUGUGA